AUGCCGACGUAUCCCAUCCGUCGCCGACCGCGCGAAUGCAAGACGUGUCUACCCUGCCGUGCCAGCAAAGUCCGCUGCGACCGCAACGUGCCCUGCGGAAACUGCGUCAAGCGCAACUUCACCUGCUCGUACGGUCGUCCGCCGUCUACGAAAUAUCCGAUUCCCUCGGUCGCGCCGAGCUACACCUCGGCUCAAUCUUCUCUACACUCGCCAGCUUUUCCGAAUUCUUGCCCUGCUCCUCCUCAUGAGGGCUCCUACGCUAUCGAUAAUGCCUCUGGCGCAAGCGAUGACGCCGACCCGGAUCUCCCUGAAGUCAUCGACAUUUCCCAGGACGAAUGGGACGAGAUCAACGGCAAGAUGGCGGCCAUGGAGCAGAUUAUAGGAAGUCUGCAUGGUCUCUUCCAGAAACAUUCAGCCCGUAGGCGCGGCGUCGAUGAGAGUGAGCGGAAGAGCUCUACUCGGUCGGAAGGUGUCUAUGGGUCCAAUGCGAUGAGGACGGGCGCUGUCCAUCUCGGGUCGCGGUCGGCGCUGGUGGAUAUCCUGGAUAAGUCGAAAGAAUCUGCGGAAACAGCGCUGGCGCUGCCCCAGGAAGAUAUUCUGGCAGAGCUUGCGUUGGGGAACGAAUCUGUAGCAUAUCCGUUUGUGGACUUGUGGUCUUCUGAUCCGUACACUUUCAACAUUGCCGGCGUGUGUGCCGUUCUCCCCGAUGAUGAUCAAUGUCGACGGUUUCUGAAGUGGUACAUAGAUAUUGGUGUCAUAUUGUAUCCCGUGCUGGAUAACACGGAUGACUUGGUGCGCAAGACAAAUCGUUUACUUCUGGGGAGGCAGCGAGCCGGGGGUGUCUAUAAACCGGAGGCAGAUGGGUUAGUUAAGCCAUUUGGACUGGAUCUGCCAUUUCUUAGCUUGCUGUUUGCCAUCCUUGCAUUGGGUUGCCAGCUUUCUGACCUCCCGGGACGGGACCGCGAGUUGACCUCGUGGGUAUAUGUCUCAUGUGCUUACCAAUGUCUGAGGAUGUUGAACUACGUCUCACAACCCACAUUGGAGGUCAUUCAAAUUCUUCUUAUCAUUAGCAAUGUUUUGUCAUACAACAUGAAUGCGGGCGCCUCUUACACUCUGCUUGGUAUGACGGAGCGCAUCUGUCUGACCCUGGGACUCCACGUGGAGUCAAAAGACUUGACUUUCCCGGAUCAAGCCCUCCGACAGCGUACUUGGUGGACAAUGGCUUUCCAGAACAGCCACUUCUCGCUCGCCUAUGACCGCCCUUCUAUAACGAUGAUCAGUCAGCCUGAGAUUCCAUAUCGCCCAAUAUCCAUGCCCGGGAACAGGACUUACUUUGAAACGAUAUGCCGAGUGGUGUCAUUGUCACUGGAACUCCUCCGCUCCCGGAUGGAUCAAGGCUCAUCACACCACCCCCAGAUCCGUGAGAUUCGCGGGUGGAAGCUCCAGAUACAGCAGAUUAGGCAGGAUGCCGCGCCCCAUCUGCAGCACCGCGAUCACUGCCACUCCUUGGCGCAGCACAUUGAGCGCACAGAGCUGCGCCUGCAUUCCUCAUACCUCCUCUCUGUGUUAUGUCGAGUCUCCCUAGAUCCGCACGCACAUUUAGAUGACCAUCGUCGGGCUGUGAUUCGGGAGGACUGUAUCGCCGGCUUGAUGGAAACUGUAGAUGCAUUUGUUGAGUUGCAUGAGAUCAAUUCACAUUGUUCUCGCUCGUGGAUCAGUCUGCAACGAUCGAUCGCGUCAGCUUUCCUGCUGGUUGCCAAUGACGACAGCCAACAGACGUGGAGCCUCAUUGAUCGGCUGGAGAAGGUGCUGGCUGACCAUGUCUUUGCGGAUGGCGUGUCUGAACAUAACAGUCGGACCGACUCGGCAAAGCAUCUCUCAUCUUCCCUUUUGGCAUUGCGUGAGAUCCGUGACGCCUUCCGGAGCCGAAAGGCACCACCCGCCCCGACUUCGCAACAGCCCUUUUCACCGGUCAACCUGCCCUCCCCGCCAUCCAUCGAUACCGACCCUAGUUUACCGCCUAAUCUUGUCACCGUGGGCGGCUCUAUCGCGUUGGAGGAGUGGGAUAUGCGGAACAUCCUGGGUCGUGUUUCGGAUGUCAUGCUGUUUCCAAGCAUGAGCGGUCAGAACUCGGCUGUAUGA